UCUCAACUCAAAAAGACUUAAUUUGGUAGAAUGGCUUCUAGAAGAAUUAUUAAGGAGCUCAAAGAUCUACAGAGAGACCCACCAACUUCAUGCAGUGCAGGUCCAGUUGCAAAUGACAUUUUUCAUUGGCAAGCCACAAUCAUGGGCCCUAGCGACAGUCCCUACUCUGGUGGUGUUUUUGUAGUUACCAUACAUUUCCCGCCAGAUUAUCCCUUCAAACCCCCCAAGGUAGCUUUCAAGACAAAGGUCUUCCAUCCAAAUAUUAACAGCAAUGGCAACAUAUGUCUAGAUAUCCUCAAGGAUCAAUGGAGUCCAGCCCUAACCAUAUCAAAGGUUCUAUUAUCUAUAUGCUCUUUGCUCACUGAUCCAAACCCUGAUGAUCCAUUGGUCCCUGAAAUUGCUCACAUGUGCAAGAACGAUCGAUAUAGAUACGAGUCCACUGCUCGCAGCUGGACCCAGAAAUAUGCCAUGGGCUAAGCCUAUAAAAGUUUUAUGUAUAACGGAUUAUAUCCAUCAUUCAUAUCUAUCUCAAAUAAUUCUCAAAUUUGUAUCAUGCGCUCGAUUUUGAGAGACCAAAUUCCCUAUUAGGAAGAGGCGCUUAUUCUGUAUGGUUAGGAGCAUUAUGCAAUUUUUAUCUCCAUUUUGAU